CGUGCUUCGCUUUCGUUACGUAAGUUCCAGGGAGGCGGAAGUGUGAUGUGGCUUUGAUUCCCAUUAACAAAAAUGUCAGCCAUUUUCAACUUCCAGUCACUGCUAACUGUGAUUCUCCUCCUGAUCUGUACCUGUGCCUACAUCAGAGCAAUGGCCCCCAGCCUGCUGGACAAGAAUAAGACCGGGCUUCUAGGAAUUUUUUGGAAGUGUGCCAGAAUAGGUGAGCGGAAGAGUCCGUGGGUGGCCUGCUGCUGUGUCAUCAUGGCUUUUAGUAUACUGUUCCUACAGUAGCAAUCUAAAGAAACCCACUAAUGGAAACAUUGGAGAAAUGGAGAAACAAGAAGACAUGGACAGGAUGAUCCUAGAAGCACAAUAAGACCUCCUUUGAUUAUCAGUUAGAUAAUGUAAAAAGAGAGACCUGACAUCACGUACUGAGUCACGGAGAGACCGUGUAUGGAGGAGGGGGUUAGCUGAUAGCAUUUGUGUGAAUCCCUCCACAGACUUCCAGGUCUGUACGUUUAAGUGUGUGUGUCUGGGAGGAACAAGUGUACCGCUUUUCUGUUAUCUGCUAUUUGUGGGAUCAAAUGAUACAGUUUGUCUAAACAUUUCAAACAGAUUUUUUUUCCAUCAUUUUUUGUCACUAUAAGGAGCUGAUUAAUCUGUUUGAAAUUCUUCACAAAGAGGACCCCAAUAAAUGUUUAAUCUGUUAAGGGAUUUACAUGCUGACUUAUAUUUGUUACCUUCCUGUUUGUUGUGUUGAAAAUGGUGGGUACAGCAAACAAAAUGGUAUUAAAGCUCUUCAGGUGUCUAGUUGUCCUACAUUUUUGCCUCAAAGAGCUACUGAUGUUUUUAAUGUCAGUUGGUUUGCAGCUAUUUAUUAAAGUCCCUUUUUUGGAA